AUGGACUUCCACGAGCUAGAGGAGAUUCGCUUGGAUGCUUAUGAAAGUUUGAGAAUAUACAAGGAGAGAACUAAAGCCUUCCAUGACAAAAGAAUCGUGCCUAAGGUGUUCAAGGCAGGGGAUGAUGUGCUCCUUUACAAUUCUAGGCUUAAACUAUUCCCUGGGAAACUGAAGUCUCGCUGGUCAGGACCAUUCAAGGUCAAGGAGGUGCUGCCUUAUGGAGACAUCACUUUAGUGAACCAAAACGGAGUGGAGUUUAUGGUUACAGUCACCGGUACAAUGGCAAAGACUAAAUUCACAAAGAGGCCAGCACAAAACGAAGAUGUGGAGACAGCAAGAAAGGAAAAACGUGAGGGGAAGAAGAAAGUGGAGUAUAGCGGAAAAAGGAAGAAAGGAGCAAGCAAAGAAUCGCUCCGAAAUGGUCAGAGGCUGCUGAGCAGAACAUGGACGACUCGGUGA